AGUGGUAUCCCUGCAGCUUCAACACUUUUGUGAAGGUCCAGCCAUCGUGUAUCAUGUCUAGGAUUGUUUUCAUGAUGCUUCUUUUCGUCCCUGGUUUAGCCGAAGAGUUCAGAGCCCGCCUAGUUAACGGGACAGCGAAUGCGGGGCGUCUAGAAAUACUUUACAGAGGAGAAUGGAGCACAGUCUGCCACGAUGGCUUUGGAAUACAAGAAGCCAGGGUUGCGUGCAGGAUGCUAGGCUUUAGCAGUUCUAGAGCAACAGUUGUUGCAUCAGGUGCAUACGGAGCAGGAGCAGGAAGAAUUCUCCUGGAUGAUGUAAAGUGCCAUGGAACAGAGAACAGUCUUGCAGAGUGCCGUCACAUGACUUACUACAGCAGCGACUGCAGUCAUAGACGAGAUGUCGGAGUUAUCUGCUAUGAGGCUAAGCAUUUCGUGGCCCGUAUAGUAAACGGUUCAGAAAAUUCGGGGCGUCUAGAAAUAUUUUACGACGGAGAAUGGAGCACAGUCUGCGACAAAGGCUUUGGAAAAAAAGAGGCAACGGUGGCCUGCAGGAUGCUGGGCUUGAACAGCACUGGUGCAACAGUUGUUACAAUAAGCAAAUACGGAGAAGGAGCAGGAAGAAUUCUUCUCAAAGAAGUAAAAUGUCAAGGAACAGAAAGCAGUCUUCCGGAGUGCGAUGUCUCUACUUUCUACCCCAGCGACUGCAGUCAUUCCGAUGAUGUCGCUGUUGCCUGCUAUGAAGUUAGUCCGGGACCAGCCCGUCUAGCUAACGGGGACAGAAAGUCCGGGCGUCUAGAAAUAUAUCACAAAGGAGAAUGGAGUACAGUCUGCAACAUUGGCUUUGAGGACAGGGAGGCCAGGGUGGCCUGCAGGAUGCUAGGCUUUAACAGCUCUGACUCAUUAGUUGUUGAAACAAGAAGAUACGGAGAAGGAGCAGGAAGAAUUCUACCCCAUGAAGUAAAUUGUGAAGGAACAGAAAGCAGUCUUGAGGAGUGCGAUCUUAGUAAUUUCCACUCAAGCAGAUGCGGUCAUUCCAAAGAUGUCGGUCUUAUCUGCAAUGAGGUUGGUCCGGUAACAGCUCGACUAGCUAACGGGACGCAUGAUGGGGGACGUCUAGAAAUAUUUCACAACGGAAAAUGGAGUACAGUGUGCGCCGGUUUCUUUGGUGACAAAGAGGCCAGGGUGGCCUGCAGGAUGCUAGGCUUUAACAGCUCUGGAGGAAGAGUUGUUCACCCACGUAUAUACGGAGCAGGAGCAGGAGAAAUUAUCCUCAAUGAUGUAUAUUGUAAAGGAACAGAGAGCAGUCUUGUGGAGUGCUAUCACAAUAGACUCUACCACCACAACUGCAGACAUUCCGAUCAUGUCGGCGUUACCUGCGAUAAAUUUGGACCGGUAACAGCCCGUCUAGCUAACGGGGACAGAAAGGCGGGACGUCUAGAAAUAUUUUACAACGGAAAAUGGAGUACAGUCUGCAACAAUGGCUUUGGAGACAAAGAGGCCAGGGUAGCCUGCAGGAUGCUAGGCUUUAACAGCUCUAAUGCAAGAGUUGAUAAAGCAGGUGUUUUCCGUCCUUGGAGAAAAGGAAAAGGAAGAAUUGCCGUCAGUCAAGUAAAUUGUGUAGGGACAGAGAGCAGUGUUGCGGAGUGCGAUUACUCGAGCGACACCUCCUCCUGCUUUCAUGAGGAUGAUGUCCGUGUUAUCUGCAAUGAAGACUCCACAGAUUUGAAGCUAACAGCCCGACUAGUUAACGGGGACGGAAUGUCGGGGCGUCUAGAAAUAUUUCAUAACGGAGAGUGGGGUACAGUCUGCAACGAUAUCUUUGAGGACACGGAGGCCAGGGUAGCCUGCAGGAUGCUAGGCUUAAAAAGCUUUGGAGCAACAGUUGUUGACACAAGUACAUACGGACAAGGAGCAGGAACAAUUAUCUUCAAUCAUGUAGCGUGUCGAGGAACAGAAAACAGUCUUGAGGAGUGUGAAGUCUCUAACUUCUACUCCAUCGGCUGCAGGCAUUCCGAAGAUGUCGGGGUUAUCUGCAAGGAAGAUAGUCCGGUAGCAGCCCGACUAGCUGACGGAGACGCAGAGGGGGGACGUCUAGAACUAUUUCACAACGGAGAAUGGAAGUCAGUUUGCAGCAGUCGCUUUGGAGACAAAUCUGCUUUGGUGGCCUGCAGGAUGGCAGGCUUUAACAGUUCUGCAAUAGUAGCUGCUACAUCAAAUGCAUACGGAUCCGGAGCAGGAAGAAUUAUCUUUGAUUAUGUGAAGUGCAGAGGAACAGAGAGCAGCCUGUUGGACUGCAGGUACAAAAAGCUCGAUAUCACCGAAUGUGACCACUCCGAUGACAUUGGGGUCAUCUGCAAAGAGGAAACCACUACAGUUACAAGCCCAGGUACUACUACUGUUAAACUAACAACGGUUACCAAACCGACUACUAAGUCUGUCAUUAAAAAAGACUCAUCCUUGCCAACCACAACAUCGCCGACAACAACAACUACAACGGAAAAGAUUACAAAGGUGACUACAACCACGAAAUCUAGAACCGGAAACGCAACAGCAGUAACAACGUCAACAACUACAACAUCUACUACCACCACUGUCACCCUGGAACCCUAGGCUGACUUUGGAAGACUACAGUCUACAACUUUAAUAUUUUUUUUUAAUUAUUGCUUUUCAUUAUAUCACUUUAUUGGCCUUUCUUUAUAGAAAGCUGAUCUGUAAAACAAUAAUAUUUGCACAAUUUAAAGCUGCACCACUUUAUGUAUAAUUAAUUUUUUCUAAAAUGUACAAUUUUUGAAAUCGCUAUGUGAACAUUAUAUUUGACUAUUACAAACUCUGUAUAACAAGUAAGUAAUCCGUGUUAGCAAUAUGUCUCUUUUCUAUAUUGUAUUGCCAUUUGUUUCGAGACCCACUUCACCGAAGUAAGCUACUUUUCAAAGACAGUAAACUUCAUCUACCUAAUGUCAUAGAUUUUUCUACCAUAAACUUUUAUUUAGAUAUCUACUUAAUAAAGCAAUAUUCUAAAUGUUAUUAGAAACAAGAUACCCGCAACAUGCUACAUCGUUAUGUUCUUGCAUAUAGCCAGCUAAGGGAAGGAGUGCACUCCUUCUGUCUUGCUGUUUUCCGAGGAUUUUAUUUGUGUUGCUAUAUGACAAUGUGUUAGCCUCGCUUUUAUACGUUUACCAGGUCUUUUCAGUCUUCAUAGACUAAUGGUUAAAUCUGCUUCGGGUUUGUCGUGUGCUUGAAUAGCUAACAAUCUCUCGGUUUGUUUUUUUUUUAUACUUUUUUGGUUGAGUGAACCAUAUCCUAAGAAUUUGAUUUUACAAACGUAUUAUGUACCUCGUCUUUUUGUCACCAGUCCUACCUUCUCCUAUAUUCCAAUUUUAUUUGGACAUGAUGUAUUUCUAACUGAAAGGUGGCUGACGAGCUGAUUUUGACAUAUGCGACAUUUUGCUAGUUAUACAUAUGUUGUAUUAGUUUUCAUGCUUACAAUAACAAUCCAAUAACAAAAACAAAACAGCACUUGUAAGAGAAAAAUUGAAUUUACUACCUUAAUAUAAGAAUCUGCUUUUAAUAAUCAACAAUAAGGUGAUGUACUGUGUACAGUGGUUAUUGAUAUCAGCAUUUACUACGCAGUUAUAAACAUUUUUUUUCCACAUAUAUGAUUGGUAGUCAAGGGGAAGUAAAUGCUGAUUGAUCUUUGAGCUUUACAAAGUAUUUUCCCUUUACGAGAAAAAUACUACUGGAAUCAAGUCAAAUUAAACUUUGUUUUCCUUGUCAAAA